ACACAUGAGAUGAGUUGGCUCAACACGAUUAUGUAAGAGUUUUCAUACCAGCUUUAGCCCAUGUAUUUUGCCUCUUCUUUUUCCAUGGAUUUACAGCGUUUGACUUUUCCCAUGCUCAUUUUCUCUUUGUUUUUGGAAGUGUCUAACAGAGGGCAUGGAUGUCAGAGUGUGACCCUGUGCCGAGUGUGCGGGCGAGGCAAGGUGUUUUGGCUGCCCAGGUGCUUUUAAGAUGUUGAGGUCUCCCUGCGUGGCCGGGGCCCCUGUUCGGAUCAGUAGCACUGAGGCUCCUUGUAGCCAAAGACAUGGACCCCGACUCGGCUCCCCCACGCCCUCAGCCUGUUGGCCACUGGCCCCACGUCGCCCUGUAAAGGAUGUCCCUCAGCAGAGCUCCGGCCCGGGACACCUCUGAGACCCCCAGCCCGAGAGAACGCAUCCGCAGCCACAUGAAGAUGGUGAUCGACCAGCUGGACGGCAUUCUCAAAGAGCUCAAGGAUGUGGCCAAGGAACUCCGGGAGGUGGUGGGUCAGAUCGAUAAACUAACGUCAGACUUUGACUUUGACCUGGAGCCAGAUGACUGGACGGUGGCCACAGCCAGCAGCACGUCCAGCAGCGAGCGAGGUCUGGGAGAGGCCUUCCGGCUGGACUUCCUCAAUGCAGAUGUGCUUUCUGAUAGUUGGGAGUUCUGCAGCUACCUGGAGGCUGCUGGCGCCACUGCUCGCAUACCUGGUGAGCAACCAGGAGAUCUGCGAUCGGACCUGGGCCGCGGCACCAUCCCCACCCAGACGCAGACCCCCACCCCGCCCCCCUCCACUGCCUCGGUCUACUCCCAGAUGAACGGCGGGCUGCCCAUCCCCAACGGGCCCCGCAUUAUUACUCCUGAUUCGUCCAGCGAGGAGGCCAGCAGCUCCACGCACAGCCACAAGACUUCUCGUACCUCCGGCACAAGAGAAAGAGUCCGCUUCAGUGAUAAAAUCCUGUACCACGCAUUGUGCUGUGAUGAUGAUGAGGAGGAGGAGCAAGAGGAAUUACAAGAGGACAAGAGUGGCUGUGCUACACCGGAGAGCGACAGUGAACCCAAUCUCCUGUCGAGCUCAGUCGCCCCCAAACGUUCUUCCUCUGAGCACUCGCUCCUCCAUAACUGUCUGGACCCUUCCUACAUCUCCUCGCCAAUGAAGGGGACAACGGGAGCUCACACACUACCCAGGAAAGGUCUCUUGAACCCCGGCUGCCGCAAAAAACUGUUACGAAAUAGCAGCACACAAACUGUCUCUGACAAGAGCACCCAAACUGUACUGCCCUAUAUUCCAACCAAACAGAAAACAAAGGACCACUGAGAAAGCCCUAAGUUUAUCAUAAAUCUCAUGAAGAGGACUGUGCAUUAUUUAAUAUUAAAUACAUAGCUCAUAGAUUAAUACACAAAUAAAUUAAUUACUAAAUAAAUAAAUGAUAUAUGGGAAA